GUCUUAUUACACAUCUGCAGAAAAACUUACCUGAACUGCUUUAUCUUCAUGUCUAAACUGCAAGAAAAGUGGAAUAAUUUUAGCUAUAAAAAGUAUAGUAAAGAAGUACAAUACAACGACUUAUCAAAAAUAAUAGGAUAGCAGAGAAAGACAGAUAUUGUUGUUGAUUUUCCAAUUCCUGUUUAAUAGAUGACUCACCGUGUAACAUUCUACCAUGUAUCUGAUGACGUGUUCGCUAGAUUUGGCAAUGGGAAACGAGCUAAUUCUCGAAUUGGGUAAGAAAAUAACAUGUCAAAUCAAUCAUACCUCUUUAUCACUCACUUGUACUUUUAAAAACAUCAUGUCAAACGAACGUAGGCCCCCUCAAGUGCAAUCCUCCCGACCAGUGCGUGUGCACCCAGUGCCUGCUCUUCCGAUAAUCUCCCGGGAUUCAAGUGACGUAGCAGCAUUGAAGCAGCGUGUGGCAGUUCUUGAGCGACUAGUCGCAGAAGGAGACCGUCCAAAGAAACGCUCCUCUGUCACCAUCGACCAUGCUGAUUAUAAGCUGAGAGUAAGCAGUGUACAUAAUAUAUCCAAUUUGCUGAUAAGAAUCACUGACCGUUUCAAACAGAGGCUUAUUCGUAAGCACUACGAAGCAAAUUUUGCAAAUGACCCAAACCUCUGCUUCGAUUUGAAUAAAUUCGUCUUUGAGAAGCCAAAUAAGAAGGUCGUGAAGGCCUUGCAGGAUUACAUCGCCAACAUUUCCAGUGACGAGAGGGAGCCUGACUGGACUCCCGAAUUCGUAUACCAAAAGUGCCGCAGUUACCUGAAUGGGCUGCGAAGUAAGGCAAAAAAAAGCCCCGAAGACCUCCAAAACGAAAGUCGCACCAAUGCUACCCGGCAAAAACGGGAUCGCAAAUGCCAGGCCCGGCUCAAUGCCUUCAGGGCAAAUGAAGGCCUAACUACAUCUUUCCCUGGGGCUGGAAAGCUCCUCGACAAGCGAUUGAUGUCUGACGAGGAGGACGUGAAGGACGAAGACGGUUUCGUCGUGAAGACAAAGGUGCUUCGGCCCAACUGGAGAAGUCCUCAGGCAAAUGCCUUUUUGGAUGAGCUUUCAAAGCUCGCGGAAAAAGACAAGUUGACGCAGCAGAAGAAACGCGUCAAAGUAGUGCGUAUUCCGAAAGAAUAUGUGCUGGUGGAUCAGCACGUUGAUGCAGAACUUUUGGAGGAGCUUCCCGAUGAGGCGAAAAGACAAUAAAUACGUUUUUUUUUAUAAGAAACUAAAACAACGCAA